AUGAUGCAACUCAUCUCCAUCCUCCUCUCUUCCAUCCUCUACCAAGCCACUGCCGAAGUAGAUGAUUUUCUGGUCGAACUGAACCAAUCAAAGCCCAUUAAAGAAAAACUCAGCCAUUUUCGUGUAUACCUUCACGAUAUCGUCAGUGGUCGGGUCCCCACAGCAGUACAAGUCGUCAAGCCGCGCACCCCCUAUAGCUUCGGACAGAUUAACAUGAUGGACGACCCACUAACCCUAGGGCCCGAACCGAGCUCCAAACUUGUUGGAAAAGCACAAGGGUUAUACGCAUCGGCCUCUCAAGAAGAGCUUGGUCUAUUAAUGACCAUGAACUUUGUGUUGAUGGCAGGAAAGUAUAACGGUAGCACGAUCACAGUGGUAGGGAGAAAUGCUGCUUUCCAUAAGGUGAGGGAGAUGCCGGUGAUUGGAGGAAGUGGGCUUUUUCGGUUUGCUCGUGGCUACGCUCAGGCCAGAACGCAUACACUUGAUCUUAAGACGGGAGAUGCCACAGUUGAGUAUAAUGUUUAUGUGAUGCAUAUUGAAUAAUUCCUAGUUUUGUUUGUUUGAAUUUUUGCAUAAAAGAAUAACUAUGUGGGCUAGCUACAUUUUUAUGCAAUAUUUUCUUCCUAUAAUUGCUUAUAAUAAAUUUGAAUGAUGGGGCCUCGUUUAUGUUUGUGUAAGGAGAAAUGGACGA